UAAAAAUGUUACAAGAGAAUGGAAAAAAGGUUUUGGUCUCCAUUGGUCACUAAAACCUCCCAAUAAUACUGCAUACUAAAACAAACUUCCUGAGAUCCAUUCAGACUUUUUUUUUUGCUCUGGCUGGAGUGGAAAAACUCUCGUGUCCUGCUUAGAGCUCUGACCUCAACCCCAACUGGAACACCAACUGCACUCCAGAUCUCUUCACCUGACAUUAGUUUCUCAUCUGACUAAUGCUCUUGUGGCUGGAUGAUCCUUCCCAGAAGAGUGGAGCUUAUAAAAGCAGCAAAGGGAGACUAAAUCGGGAAUGUGAUGUUCAACAAAUCACACUUCUAGUUCAAUGUUGGGGAUAAGCAGCUUGGUCCCAGCCCGUUUCCUCACACUUAUUUCCCACCUGGUUAUAGUCAUCACCAUAUUUUGGUCAAGGGAGAACAACGUGAGAGCUUGUCUGCCACUGACCUAUACAGUUGAAGAAUAUAAUAUAGAGGAUAUAAGGCUGGUGGUGGCUUUAUCUGUGACCCUGGGUCUAUUUGCUAUAGAACUUGCAGGGUUUUUCUCAGGAGCCUCCAUGUUUGACAACACUCAAGGCCUUUUAUCUACAGCGUGUCAUGUAAGCGGCUCUGUGGCGCUGCUUUUCUUUCUCUUUGAGCAGUGGCCUUGCAGCAUCUACUGGUGGGUCUUUGGCUUCUGCAGUGUAAUCCCAGCCUUGUAUGAGAUGAUUCUGCUUAUUGCUGUUUUUGGUCUGAAGAAGAAACCACUGUGAUGUCAUCCCUGCUAACUUCUGUUGUCUAUAAAAAUAAAGGAUAUAAGUAUUAUUAUUAUUAUUAUUAUUAUUAUUAUUAUUAUUAUUAUUAUUAUUAUUAUUAUGAUGAUGUUCAGAGUUAGGUCUGAUUGGAUGUGUAAAACGACUGGUGAGAAAUUUAUACCUUGUGUUUUAUGUGUUGCAUCAAUAAUUUGUACUGUUUAUUAUAGAUUUUGUAAUAAGCGUUUAAUAAACGUUUCAGGGUGUUUUCAUA